CCUAUUCCCUUUCAGUCCCAUCCGCAUUAGGGUUUUAUCUCCCUAUCCCCCAAUCAAACUACCUACUUUAUCUAAUUUUACCUGCCCCGUUUGGUUACUGAGAAAAUUGUUUCGGCCAUUUCCUAACCCACCAAACAGAGUCCAUUACUCGUCUAUUGGCCAUAGCGACAACAACAAUUCGUGGUCUAACAGCUGCAGACACUAGUCUCUCUCAUCAGAACAAUGACAGACGAGUCCAAUUCAUCUGCAAAGAACAAGAAACCGAACGUUGAGUCCAACAAUGAGUUCGGUGACUAUGGAUUGGUAUCGAAGAAGCCGAGAAUCGAUGCAUUUGAUGAUAACCAAGAAGAGCUCAGACCAGAAGCUUCGAAUGAAAAGAACAGCAAUGAAAAUGGUUCCUCAGAAGAUAAAGAGCAAAAUCAAGAAGUGGGUUUUGAAAUUGAAGCAGAGGUGGCCGAAGAUAAGGGUUCAAGGCAUACCAUGGAGGAUGCUUGGGUUGUGCUUCCUGACGCCAGCUUGGAUUUUCCUGGAAAAUUGAGAUGUGCACAUUAUGCAAUUUAUGAUGGGCAUGGAGGCCGGCUAGCUGCAGAGUAUGCGCAGAAGCAUUUACAUACAAAUGUUCUUUCGGCAGGCUUACCACGUGAGUUGUUGGACGUAAAAACUGCCAAGAAGGCCAUACUUGAUGGUUUUCGAAGAACUGAUGAGUCCCUUCUUCAAGAAAGUGCUACAGGAGGGUGGCAAGAUGGUGCUACAGCUGUAUGUGUUUGGGUAUUAGGCCAAACUGUGUUUGUUGCUAAUAUUGGAGAUGCAAAAGCAGUGGUAGCACGGUCAUCUACUGCAGAUGGUUUGCAGAAUACUUCAGAUGGAGCAAGUUUGUUAAAGGCAAUUGUUUUGACGAGGGAACACAAAGCCAUCUAUCCACAAGAACGUGUACGAAUUCAGAAGGCUGGUGGUUCUGUGAGUUCAAAUGGACGACUGCAGGGACGCCUUGAAGUUUCCAGGGCCUUUGGGGAUAGACAAUUCAAAAAGGUGGGUGUUGUUGCAACCCCAGAUAUUCAUUCUUUUGACCUUACAGAGCGAGACCACUUCAUCAUUCUUGGCUGUGAUGGCCUGUGGGGGGUUUUUGGACCAAGUGAUGCUGUUCAAUUCGUUCACAAGCUGCUAAAGGAGGGCUUACCUGUUGCAGCUGUGAGCCGCCGCCUUGUUAGGGAAGCUAUCCGUGAGCGCCGGUGCAAAGAUAACUGUACUGCAAUUGUUAUCGCCUUCAAGCACAAGUAGUUUAAAGGUUGCUCAAAUUCUAUUCUGGAAGAAAUAACUUUUCCAUUUCUUGCGUGUAAAAUGGGCUCUCUGUUUCUUUUUUUCUUUGAAUGUCCAACAUUCCUCUUGGAUUGUUUACACUUGUUGGAAAUGUUUUUGCUGUGUUACUCGGUUUUGAUAUGUGCAAUGUCAUGGUAGCGUAUAAACACAAAUCUCAACUAUGAUACCGAUUGUAGUGCUGUGUCAAACAAUUGUAUGAUUUUUGCAGUAUUUUCAAAAUGCUGGAUGUAAAAACAUUUUGUAUGUGAAAAUGUGAUCAGGAGAUUGUGGUUUA